AAUUCACCAAUGGACUCACAUGGGGAGAAACCAUUUAAAUGCAUGGAGUGUGGAAAGAGCUUCACUUCAAAUGGAAAACUUAUAAUUCAUCAGCGGACUCACACAGGGGAGAAACCAUUUAAAUGCAUGGAGUGUGGAAAGAGCUUCAGUAGAAGUGACAGCCUUAAUUUACAUAAUCAAACUCACACAGGGGGAAAAACAUUUGAAUGUACAGAGUGUGGAAAGAGCUUCAGUAGAAGUGACAGCCUUAAUUUACAUAAUCAAACUCACACAGGGGGGAAAACAUUUGAAUGUACAGAGUGUGGAAAGAGCUUCAGUCAAACUGGAAAACUUAGAAUUCAUCAACAGACUCACACUGGUGAGAAACCAUUUAAAUGCAUGGAGUGUGGAAAGAGCUUCAGUCGGAGUGGACACCUUAGAAUUCAUCAACGGACUCACACAGGGGAAAAACCAUUUAAAUGCAUGGAAUGUGGAAAGAGCUUCAGUAGAAGUGACAGCCUUAAUUUACAUAAUCAAACUCACACAGCGGAGAAACCAUUUAAAUGCAUGGAGUGUGGAAAGAGCUUCGAUGAGAGUGGAGACCUUAGAAUUCAUCAACGGACUCACAUGGGGGAGAAACCAUUUACAUGUAUAGAGUGUGGAAAGAGCUUCAGUCAGAGUGGAGACCUUAGAAUUCAUCAACGGACUCACACAGGGGAAAAACCAUUUAAAUGCAUGGAGUGUGGAAAGAGCUUCAGUCAGAGUGGACACCUUAAAAUUCAUCAACGGACUCACACGGGGGAGAAACCAUUUAAAUGUAAGGAAUGUGGAAAGAGCUUCAGUAGAUGUGACAGCCUUAAUUUACAUAAUCAAACUCACACAGGGGAGAAACCAUUUGCAUGCAUGGAGUGUGGAAAGGGCUUCACUUCUAAUCAAGUACUUAGAACUCAUCAACAGACUCAUACGGGGGAGAAACCAUUUCAAUGCAUGGAGUGUGGAAAGAGCUUCAGUCAGAGUGGAAACCUUAGAAUUCAUCAACGGACUCACACAGGGGAGAAACCAUUUCAAUGCAUGGAGUGUGGAAAGAGCUUCAGUGGGAGUGGACACCUUAGAAUUCAUCAACGGACUCACACGGGGGAGAAACCAUUUAAAUGUAAGGAAUGUGGAAAGAGCUUCAGUAGAUGUGACAGCCUUAAUUUACAUAAUCAAACUCACACAGGGGAGAAACCAUUUGCAUGCAUGGAGUGUGGAAAGGGCUUCACUUCUAAUCAAGUACUUAGAACUCAUCAACAGACUCAUACGGGGGAGAAACCAUUUCAAUGCAUGGAGUGUGGAAAGAGCUUCAGUCAGAAUGGAAACCUUAGAAUUCAUCAACGGACUCAUACGGGGGAGAAACCAUUUAAAUGCAUGGAGUGUGGAAAAAGCUUCAGUCAGAGUGGAAACCUUAAUUUACAUAAUCAAACCCACACAGGGGAAAAACCAUUUGAAUGUAUGGAGUGUGGAAAGAGCUUCACUUGUAGUGGAACACUAAGAAGACAUAAAUGGACGCACACAGGGAAAACCAUUUAACUGUAUAGAGUGUGGAAAGAGCUUCAGUCAGAGUGGAGACCUUAGAAUUCAUCAAUGGACUCACACAGGGGAGAAACCAUUUAAAUGCAUGGAGUGUGGAAAGAGCUUCACUGAGAGUGGACUUCUUACGCUCGAACAGGGUGGCCUCUAGGAGUUCCGGCCCCCAUGGGUGCUCGGCCCAGACGCGAGUUCCAUGAUUUAAGAGAAACAAUUGGAUUUAAAUUCAUGGACAUGCUUCAAAAAAACGGGGGAGAAGAUACCGCCAGGAAUUCCAGCUUCUGAGUGAUAAGAGAAUCAAGGAAAUACCACAUCAAGGGGGGAAAAGAAUGAUCUGGACAGAAGGAAAAGGGAAGCGAAACCUUUUAUUUUCUACUAUUGUAAUUCAGCCCGUUGAGUAAACGGGCACUAGAACAUCCCAGUGGUUAGAGAACAUGGGUGUGCAAUUAUCAUAGAAUUGUAUAGAGUUGGAAGGGAACCCUAGGGGUCAUCCAGUCCAAUCCCCUUGCAGCCCACCCAUAAGGUAUUUCCCUGUUCCUCCUUCCUUGCUGCAGCGCCUCAAGUUUCCGCUCUGAAUCCCUGCAGAGCCAGUGGCUAGAGAACAUGGGUGUGCAGUGAUCGUAGAAUUGUAUAGAGUUGAAAGGUACCCCCAGGGGUCAUCCAGUCCAACCCCCUGUAAUGCAGGAGUCUCAGCCAAAGCAUCCCUGACAGAUGACCCCAUCCAACCUCUGCUUGGAAACCUCCAACAUUAACCUAUCUCUGCUUCACUUCUCCCCCCCCAAAUCCCCCCCAAUUAUCAUAGAAUUGUGUAGUUGGUAGUUGGAAGGGAACCCCAGGGGUCAUCCAGCCCAACCCCCAGCAGCCCAUACGAUAUUCCCUCCCUCCCCCCUCUGCUGCAGCACCUGAAGUUUCUCCAGAGCCACCCUAUCCACCCUUCCCCCCUCAGAACGACAAUUAUUUUUCGCCAACCCUCCCCGCCCCCAAUAUCAAUAUCAGCAGCCACAACAUGCCUCCCCACCCCCACCUUAAUAGUCGCAGCGUGACACACACACACACACCACCCCUUUUCCCGCCUCAGUUUCCCCUCAAUAUCUCCCCACACACAAAGUAACCCACUACCCUCCUUCCCCGACCUGCUUCAGUUUCCCCUCCCCUCGAGUCCUUUCCCCUCCCCACGAAGGGUCGUGGGGUGAUACCUCAUAUCUAUUUCUUCCCCUCCCUCCCUCCCUCUCACCUGGUACAAAGUUUUUGAAAGCAGCCUCCUCCUCACGCUUGUGAGGCGCUUGUCCGGCCAGGA